UCCUCGCAGCUCGCGCGCCCUCCCCAACCAUGUCGUCCAUCCUGCCUUUCACUCCCCCGAUCGUGAAGCGCCUGCUGGGCUGGAAAAAGGGCGAGCAGAACGGGCAGGAGGAGAAGUGGUGCGAGAAGGCAGUCAAGAGUUUGGUCAAGAAGCUUAAGAAGACGGGGCAGCUGGACGAGCUGGAGAAAGCCAUCACCACGCAGAACGUCAACACCAAGUGCAUCACCAUCCCCAGGUCCCUGGAUGGCCGGCUGCAGGUGUCCCACCGGAAGGGGCUCCCCCAUGUCAUCUACUGCCGCCUGUGGCGAUGGCCCGACCUGCACAGCCACCACGAGCUGCGGGCCAUGGAGCUGUGUGAGUUCGCCUUCAACAUGAAGAAGGACGAGGUCUGCGUGAAUCCCUACCACUACCAGAGGGUAGAGACCCCAGUUCUACCUCCCGUGUUGGUGCCCCGCCACACAGAGAUCCCGGCCGAGUUCCCCCCGCUGGACGACUACAGCCAUUCCAUCCCCGAAAACACUAACUUCCCUGCCGGCAUCGAGCCCCAGAGCAAUAUUCCAGAAACCCCACCCCCAGGCUACCUGAGUGAAGAUGGAGAGACCAGUGACCACCAGAUGAACCACAGCAUGGAUGCAGGUUCUCCAAACCUCUCCCCGAAUCCGAUGUCCCCAGCACACAAUAACUUGGACCUGCAGCCCGUCACCUACUGCGAGCCGGCCUUCUGGUGCUCCAUCUCCUACUACGAGCUCAACCAGCGCGUCGGGGAGACAUUCCACGCCUCGCAGCCGUCCAUGACGGUGGACGGCUUCACCGACCCCUCCAACUCGGAGCGCUUCUGCCUGGGGCUGCUCUCCAACGUCAACCGGAAUGCAGCCGUGGAGCUGACACGGAGGCAUAUCGGGCGGGGCGUGCGGCUCUACUACAUCGGAGGGGAGGUCUUCGCAGAAUGCCUCAGUGACAGCGCCAUCUUUGUGCAGUCUCCCAACUGUAACCAGCGCUAUGGCUGGCACCCAGCCACCGUCUGCAAGAUUCCGCCAGGAUGCAACCUGAAGAUCUUCAACAACCAGGAGUUUGCCGCCCUCUUAGCUCAGUCUGUCAACCAGGGCUUCGAGGCCGUCUACCAGCUGACCCGCAUGUGCACCAUUCGCAUGAGCUUCGUCAAGGGCUGGGGAGCCGAGUACAGGAGACAGACUGUGACCAGCACCCCCUGCUGGAUUGAGCUGCACCUGAAUGGACCUUUGCAGUGGCUUGACAAGGUCCUCACCCAGAUGGGCUCCCCUAGCAUCCGCUGCUCCAGCGUGUCUUAGGGACACUGCAAGUGAAGGGGGAGGGGAGGGAGGGUAGAUUUGGGGAAGAGGGCCAUGUAGGAGGUGGAGAAAUCAGAACUCAACUCACUGGUGUCAAAGAAGAAAUUUUUCUCCCUCAACCAAAGUGGCAUCAGCCUGUUUUCCAAAACACGAAAGCAAACCCAGAGGGGGAUUUCUAUGAACAGCUGUGUCUGCUGAACACAUUGGCCCUUCGACCCUGGUCUGAAGGGUAAGAAAUGGCUUCUGCUCUGGUGGCGUGAGCAAACAGGUAGUGUUUCACCACCUGCCCCUCCCCUGGUCCCCUUCUUUCUUAAAGAGACAGCAAACUGAGAUGUCACUGCCCAACAGGAAUUGGCCCGCUGGUUAGGACUGGAGUGUGGACUUCGCCUUGGGUGCUCUGGGCUGGGAGAAGCCUGCAGGGGUCUGAGCACACCUCGGGCCCAGCCCUCCCCUUCCACCGAGUAUUCCCAAACCCCGGCAGCAGCAGACCCUGUACCUGAGCGCUGAAUUGACUUGGGGCAGGCAAGGGGCUCGUCAGUCUCCACCUCUCUGAGCCUACUGAUUGUGUUCAGAAGCGAGCACGUAGGGACCGGUGGGAAGAGGUGGUAAGACACCUCUUCUUUAAAAAUGACCUUAAAUGUGCCCUCAUUUCCAGCAGUUGGCAGGAUCUGUUGAGGCUCAGCGCGUAUGCGAUGUACAGUUUGUAUCAUGUUAAUCUCAAGAGAGAUCCGAAUUGCGGGAAGUGCUCCCAGGAGGUAGUUGUCUGUGAGGUGUGCGAGGGUCUCCGGUCACCUGUAAGAGCUCGCUCUGCUUUCUCAUGCAUUUGGCUAUAUUGGUUGGUAUAGUCAGUUGCGUUAAUUAAAUGACCUUUAUUGUAUGCUCUUUUAAACAUUUGAGUUAAA